CACACAUAUCAUUCCGUGGUGCCAAACCCCCGUACACGAAGGACCUAAACACGGCCAUGGCCCUCCUCAGCGUCAGCCACCACACAGGCGUCCUCUCACUACAUCGACAGGGUCCUUCUCCCCGCCAGCUUUCUGCACGAUCACAGGCGAUCCCGACCUCCUCCCAGGCCAUGGCCGUCCUCCGCCUCAGCCAGCACAGAGGCGUCUUCCCACUACGUCGACAUGGUCCUUCUCCCCGCCAGCUUCUUGCACGAGCGCGCACGAUCUCGGCCCCCUCUCAGUCCACGGAGGAAGACGAGAAGACGGAGGAAGACGAGAAGACCGAGGAAGACAAGAAGACGGAGGAAGACAAGAAGGACAGCAGCCCCCCGCCGGUGUCGUGGGUGGAGAGGUCACUUGAGGCGGCGCUCCCGUACGCGAGGCUCGCUCGUCUGGAGAAGCCCAUCGGCAGCUGGCUCCUCGCUUGGCCAUGCAUGUGGUCAAUAACAAUGGCGGCAAUGCCAGGGACGCUUCCUGACUUUAAACUGCUCGCACUCUUAGGAUUUGUAUGUAUCCCCAUGAGGGGGGCCGCUUGCACAGUCAAUGAUUAUAUCGACCGCGACUUUGACAAAAAGGUUGAGCGCACCAAAAACAGGCCUCUUGCAUCAGGCGUAGUAACUCCUACUCAAGGAUUGUGCUUCCUCGGAUUUCAACUACUACUAGGACUGGGUUUGGGUUUUCUUCCCCAACUGAACAACUUAAGCCGUGUUCUUGGGCUCAUUUGGCUUCCAUUGGUGUCUUCAUAUCCCCUAAUGAAGAGGCUCACAUUUUGGCCUCAGGCAUAUCUCGGAUUGUCGUUCAACUGGGGAGCUUUAUUAGGAUGGGCUGCUAUUAAAGAUAGUUUGGAGCCCACUGUCAUCCUUCCAAUGUAUAUUGCUGGGAUAUGUUGGACAUUGGUGUACGAUACCAUAUAUGCACAUCAGGACAAAAAAGAUGACCUCAAAAUAGGAGUUAAGUCCACAGCCAUAAGGUUCGGAGAUUCAACCAAGCGCUGGAUUAGUGCCUUUGGUACUGCAACUAUUGGCGGUUUAGCACUUAGUGGUUAUAAUGCUGGACUGGCUUGGCCAUACUACCCUUUUCUAGCAGCUGCAGCUGCACAGUUGGCAUGGCAGAUUUCAACUGUUGACUUAAAUGAUAGCGCAGAUUGCAACAGGAAAUUUGUCUCAAAUAAGUGGUUUGGAGCCUUGGUAUUCAGUGCGAUAUUUUUCGGUCGACUUGCAGCAUGAUCGAUACAUCAGGCGUGAUGUGACUCUAUGACUUCCAUAUAGGAUUUUACACAUUUUUGUGACUUCCCAAGAAUGAGAGACAAUUUGUGAUCUGCUAAGUGUAGUGUACUCCAAAAUGAACAUUUCAAAGUUCACCAUUUAAUAACAUCGGAGUAAAUAAGAUUUGGAAAAGUUACGGACAAUUUGGCAAUCGACUUCUCCCCGGACACUACUACACUGUAGAGAUUUUGGGGCACUUCAAAUUACCCCAAUAGGUGACCAAAGUGCCUCUAUUUACUUUUAGAGACACUUUGAAAAGUGGCCCAGAUGCUUGUGUCUCUAAAUGAAAUAGGGGUACUUCAUUCAAAUUGGCCCAAAGCCAAUUAAAGGGCACUUUGAGAUGUGCCGCUACAGAGUUUUAGGGGCACUUUUGAGAUGUGCCUCUAAAU